UUGUCUUGUUUGAAGUUUUUCCUUAUCCAUUUGUCUUUUCCGCCCAUCAUUUUUCUUUUUCCACAUUGCAGGAUCUGCAUAUAGGGACCUCAUGUUCAGGUUGUCAGGGCUAUUUCCAAGGGGAUUGAGGGCAGGUGUUUUGGUUGGGCCAGAAGCAGACGAUGAACUAGAAGGAGCCUGGAGAGGAAAGACAGGGGUUGCCAGUGCAUCGGCAGAACUGCCAACGUUUUAUGGAUCGAAGUCAGUGACAAAGGGGGUCGUUGGAUUAUCAUUUGCAUCCCAAGGCGAUGCGGCACCAGUCUGUGUAGCCACUAUUGGUACCGUUGUUGCUGAUGACGGUAAUCUUGUUGAUGAUGCUAUUGGUGAUGCGGUCAUUGCAUUGACCACUGCUAAUGUGACCGUGGUCGAAGUCAGUGCCGCCGUUCUGGCCGUUGAUGAAAUUGGUGUUGUUAAUGGUGUUAUCGAUGUUGUUGGUGCUGUCGAUGCUGUGCGUAUGUACGGUCUGUACGAGUUUGUGGUGAUGCCUUUUGGCCUUUACAAUGCUCCUGGCACCUUUCAGCACGCUAUGAAUCGGAUAUUCCAUGACUACUUAGAUAAGUUUGUCAUCAUGUACCUCGAUGACAUACUUAUUUUUAGUAAGAUUGUCGAGGAGCACGUUGCACAUUUGGACAAAGUCCGCAGCCUCCUACGACAACACAAGUUCAAGAUCAACCGUGAGAAGUGCGAGUUCGGCCGUACCCGUGUCUUGUACUUGGGUCAUGAGAUUUCCGCGGAAGGGUUGAAGCCCGAUGACGCGAAGCUGACCAGCAUUCGUGAUUGGCCACGUCCUCAGUCUGUGACUGAGAUGAGAUCUUUCUCGGGAAUGACAGGCUACUAUAGGACUUUCGUUAAGAACUAUAGCAUAGUGGCCGCUCCUUUGACUAAUCUGACCCGCCUUGACACCCCAUGGGAGUGGACAGAUGAGUGCAAGGCUGCUUUCAGACAUCUGAAGCAUGUGUUGACGCACUAUGAAGUCUUGAAACUUCCUGAUCCUGACAAGCCGUUCAUAGUCACCACGGAUGCCAGCCAAUAUGGCAUUGGCGCCGUGCUCGCGCAGCAGGAGGGGCCAAAGUUGAGGCCAGUAGAGUACAUCUCCAAGAAAAUGCCGUCUCAGAAGUUGGCUAAGUCCACUUAUGAAAAGGAACUCUAUGCUGUGUACAAGGCUCUCACCCAUUGGAGACACUAUCUUCUUGGGAGACCGGACUUCUCAGGUGCGCUGAUUACUGAGUUCGAUCUGACGGACAAUGUUACUCAGUCUCUGGUGGAAGCCUAUCGCGAGUACCAGUUCAUGUUUGAGAUCAUACGCAAACUUCAGGCAAAGGACAAGAAGACCUCUGCCGAGUUUGAGUUGGUCAAUGGCUUGCUGUUCCUUGAGAAGGCAGGGAAUAAACGAUUGUGUGUUCCUAAUAGCGAGUCUUUGCGUAGUUUAUUUUUAGCGGGGAUGGAUUUCAUGGAUACUCUGAUCACCAGCAAGAGUGGGAUGCGUCACAUCUUUGUCAUCGUGGAUAGAUUUAGUGAGUAUGCUAGGUUAGUAGCAUUGUCGGAAACAGCAAAGACGGAGUACGUGAUUCUAAUGUUUAAAGAGAACUGGGUCAGGGAUUUUGGCUUACCGAAAUCCAUAAUCAGUGACAGGGAUGUCCGAUUUACCAGCGAAUUGUGGAAGACCGCUGCUGCAGAGCAGGGAACCCAGUUGCAAAGGACUUCAGGGAAUCACCCAGAGGCCAACGGCCAGGCCGAGCAACUGAACCGCGUUGUACGACACCUGUUGAGGCAUUACAUCAAGCCCAACCAGGUGGACUGGGAUGAGAAGCUUGCACUCAUCGCCAAUUUGUAUAACAAUGCAGUACAUAGUGCCACCAGGGUGAUUGAAGAAGUCCGAACCGAGAAAGAAGAGAAACCGAAGAAACUGUUGGGAAACGCAAUGAAGUCUCUUGAGGUAGAGACUUCGAAAUCAGACGAGAAGAAAAGGGAGCUUUCAAACCCGCCGAAGUCUCCCGAUGGAAAGAAGGAUACCACCAUACAACCCAAGAAACCAAAAAGAAAGGAGAAAAUCAAAAUGAAAUUGCCUUUCACAUUCUGCAACAAGAAAGAUGAAAGUUUACUGUUGUGGAUUGUUGAGAUACAAAAGUACUGGAGUACGACCCCUGUUGAACCCGAAUCCGAGGUUGCCUUCUCUACCUCUUGUCUCGGGGGGGAAGCUAAGGAAUGGGUUUUGGCCGAAGCCAAUGCGGCAGGGUUCGAUGACAUUGGGGAGUGGGCUAGAACUUUGAACCUCAAGCACUUCCUUGGAAAGAUCAAGGAACGGUUCUUGGACAAAACGACGGCCGACAAGGCUUUUGACCAGCUCACCACAAUUGGUCAGAAACAUUGGACCUUUGUGGAAUCGCUGUCUAGGGAUUUUGAUCGGUUGCUGCAGGUUCUUGGACUGAACCUGCAAGACAACCAAGUCUUGUACAUCUAUUUCUGUGCUCUGCCCGAGCCCAUUCGUGGACAACUCGUGGCAGAGUCGAAGUCCGACAAAUAUAAUUAUAGGCAGUUUCGAGAUCUGGCUCUCCAACGAGAGCAAAUGACAUCUCAGGUGAAGAAUUCUUAUGCGUCUGUUGUGAAGUUUGGUGGUGGUGCAGGUAUAGGAAAGCGGAUACUUGAGCGCCAAAAGCUCCAGGACCACACCCUCGUCAUCUUUGAUGACGAUACUGUGGAGAAGUGGCCAUUGGAGGUCGAGGGUGUGGCAAGCAGCAUUGAUGCCGAGAAGGGGGAAGUCACUGUUGCUGUGGUCAACAAGGGAGGACCACGACCACCAGUAAUGAAGAAGAAGAAAUCACGCUCGUUUCCUGAGCAUCCCGGAAUUGCAGCCGGGAAGCCAUGGGAAAAUAUGGGAAUGUCACAAGAAACGUGGCAGGAAAAAAUGGACAAUGCACAGUGCGUGAAGUGUGGUACCCCAGGGCAUGUGAUUGCAGGGUGCCCACUUAUACACAACAAGCAGGUGCCAAGUGGAGCAUUCACUGAGUUCCUUCGCCAGUCUUUAGGAAGCGCCAUCUUCAACGGAAUUCUCACGAUAGAUCGCAAAAUCACUCGAGAAAUCUCUCAUGUGGAUCUGAGUUUCAGGGAACUGAUGCUGAAAUCCAGCAGUUCUGUUGGUUUGUCACUGCCUCCGCCUUCGUGGGAGCGUCCUGCUUCUCCCACAUCCUUAUCUGUUUCCCCAGUGCGGGACGAUGCGACAAGCAUCAUCGAAAGUGUGAAGGGUUGUUUAUCGUCCGACGGCCUUGCCAAGGAAACUGUGGCUGGCAGUGUCCUGCAAACGGGUGCCGAGGUUGUGAAAGAUCUGUAUGGCAGAGAACUCGACACGAGGAAACAUACCAUCAGCGUUCUCGGGCGCACUUCGGACCAGGUGCCCCAUUCCUUUCCCAUGCUACCAUUUGUUGCAUUAGGAGUCCCACAGAGUAGUCAGUUGCAAGGCGGCGGUGGCAGCCGUGACCCACAUGGUGAUGACGUGCGCACUGCUACGACAGAGCCAUGGGGGGAAGGAAGGAUAGAGAACGGUGGAGAUGAUGGAUCGUCGUUGCAUGGGAAAAAGCAUGCCAAACUCAGAGAAGACAGUCGAGGGCAGCGGUGUAAUGAAGUAGGAGGGAGGGCAGGAGAGGAGUUGCAGAGCUCAUCAAGGGUGACGGGCGAUCGGGACUCCGUACCAUCGCAGAGCGGAGGACUGGAACCGAGUGUCCCUGACGUGUAUGUUCUCUCGGGAGGCGACUAUGAAAGAAUGACUUCUCAAGGCAUUAAAUGGCUCCCACUGGCAGUCAGUGAGAAAGACUGCAGCAUCUUGUUUCCAGGUGUCCGAAUGCCAUUAAAUAUCGAGCAGUUGUGCAUGCGUCAGCUGACGGCCUCAUUGAGGGCACAAUCACACUAGCACUUCAUAGAAUGUAUGUGACAGCUAUCACAGCGUUACGGAUGCUUUCUUUCUUUUUUUUUCUUAUUCCCUUUUUUUUUUGUUCUUCUUUUUCUUAAGAAGUACCAGAAAAGAAAAACGAAAUGGUGCCGUGCAAACGCCAGGCUCCGCAAAACUUGGAGCGCAGAGAAAGUCAGGGUCGGCAAAAACAGGCUCGGAGGUAGUGGUUGUUUAAACGAAAAAGAGGAAAAGACAAUGCGGUUCAAAUGCAACUGCAAUGAAAGAGCUUGGAAAGA